GAUGUCCCGUGGCAUGCAAAUCCUUGCCAGCAAAUCGGCACUCAAACCACAAUUGACAGCCUCCAGAGCAUCUUUGCGCAGCCGUUCUUGGUGGAUAAUGGGCAGUAGCAGCGAUAGCAAGCCCGAGCUCGAUUAGUGACGGACUGGCCUCGGACUCGGAGGGUGGGAGGCGGAACCACGCCGUGGACCGCGCUAACCGACCGAAGCCGCGCCUGGCCGUACUGCGCUGCGCGUUCUUGUCGCCGCAUUAAUCAUUGCCUACGACAUAGUGCUGCUUGAUUUCAGCGCUUCUGACCGAUAGGCGCUGAAGGCGGAAUUGCUGUAAAAUGCAGAAGACGUAGCGCUUCCUUGAUGAUAAGGUAGAAAGUGACCCGACCGACCACGCUGUUGUUUCUUUGCACCCAUAGCACAUUUCGUGAACUUUGCUUCGCUUCGCAACACGCAACGUCCCCAAGUACUGAACCAUCAUUUGGUCGCGAUAACCACAGAACGCCAGCAUCAUGGCAGCCGUCACUCUCACCUCGCACGACAUGAACGUGCUCGAGAAGAUCAAAGACCCCGACUUCAAUCCCGCGGCAGGUGUGCUUAUAGACGAGGCCCUGCCGCGUGACCCGAACAUCGUCGACACGAGUGUCUACGACAGAGUUGUCGCCCAGGAACGCCGCAUCAUCCAGAACAUCCAGCGACUGGAAACCGAGCUCAGCCAGUCCAUGGCGGAGGAUUCAUCCGACACGGCCAUUGCACAGUACAAGCAGUGCGCUUUCGAUUUCGAUGCCCUGAUUGCCGAGUACCCCGAUUACGCCAGUGCCCGGAACAACAGGGCUCAGAUCGCUCGGAGGUUAUAUGGCGAUGCCAUGCUCAUGUCUCAAAUCCAGGGGAUGCCGAUGCCACUAGUCGAGCACCCCGAUCAUAGCGAAAAGAAGAUGGCCGCAAAGGCGGCUUUGCAAGACCUCGACACCUCCAUUCGAUUGCUGUCCCCUGCAUCUGUGAGUGCGCCCAUGUCGCCGCAGGCGUCGCGGACACUGUCGAUGGCGCACACACAGCGCGCUGCGAUAUAUCUCAAGACAGCAAAGCUCUUGCCGUAUCGAGACCUAGAUAUGGAUGAAUCGCGUCACGAGGCAAGCUGGGACAAGUUGAGGUUCGAAGAAGCCGCUUCGCGAGACCUGGCGCUAGGAGGGCGUUACGGAAAUCCAAUCGCAAAGGGCCUGGCCGUGAGCACCAAUCCAACAGCCAAGUUGUGCGGACAGAUCGUGAGAGAGGCGAUGAAGAAGGAGUACGGCCCAUCAUUUGGCGAAUGAAUCAUGUUUCUUUAAUGUCGGAUACUAGCAUAGCAAUCAAAUCGGGUAUCGUAGGGCAAUUGAGUCGCGAUCGACUACGGAGACGUCUUUGACAAGCCAAUACGACUAUUUCAUGUAAUCAGCAUAAUGAGAAGCAAUCGAGCU